CGCUCGGUCGGGCGGGCGGCGAUCACUCGCCUCAGCUUUCCUCACUAAAUCUCUCUCCUUCAAGACGUCUCAUAAUCCUUUCCUCUACGCCUGGUGCGUCAAUAAUUAACGAGUUAACAAUUAACGAGUUAAUUAUUGACGCUUCCACCCGCCUUUUACGGGUAACCUCGGACGGUUUCGCUUUGAGGGGUACAGUGGCGUCCGUACAGUGUCGUGCAAGUUGGGGCCGCUCGUGUCGCGAUGCUGCAGGUGACGGCGUGGCGAUGCGCGGCCUGGGUGCCGGCGGGAGCUUCCGUCGCGUGGGCACCACGGGCGGGGACGCGGGCCCUGGGGCCCUCGUGCUUGCGCUGCGCCACUCUGCGCGCUCCCCUCGUCACGAGGGGCUCAACCCGAGCACAGAGUAACUUUGGGCCUGGAAGCGGUCCGUACACACGCAAGAAUCGCACCUCGCUCGCCUACAUCAUCGCCACCGUCACGGGGAUGCUGGGGCUGUCCUACGCUGCGGUGCCGCUCUACCGCCUCUACUGCCAGGCCACAGGGCUGGGUGGUCAGGCGGUGGCCGGCCAUGGCACGGAGGGCGUGGCGACGAUGCGUCCUGUGCGUGAGCGCGCCAUCCGCGUCAUCUUCAACGCCGACGUGCACGCAGGCCUCCUGUGGAACUUCCGGCCGCAGCAGAGCGAAGUGAACGUCGUGCCCGGUGAGACGGCACUGGCGUUUUACCGCGCCAAAAAUCCUUCCUCGAAGCCGGUCGUCGGCAUCUCUACGUACAAUGUAGUGCCCUUUGAAGCGGGCCAGUACUUCAACAAGAUUCAGUGCUUCUGCUUCGAGGAGCAGCGCCUGAACCCGCACGAGGAGGUGGACAUGCCCGUGUUCUUCUACAUCGACCCAGAGUUCGCCGAAGACCCGCGCAUGGCCAACGUGAACACCAUCACGCUCUCGUACACGUUCUUCGAAGCCAAGGACGGCCAGUUCCUCUCCCUGCCAGGCUAUAAUAAAUGAUGCAGUGCUCCUCUGGCCUCUGGGGGCGGGGUGGGGGGGGAUGCUGAACCGGUGCCCCGUGGUUGGACUAUACUGCAGAGCCAAGACCCGUGUUCAUUGGCGUUCUUUCAACCAACUUGAGGCUUGCCCUGCGACAGGUGCCGUCGCAGCGGAGACAUUUUACACCUCUCCUUAAUGCCUUGAAAUCUGCAGAAGCGUUUUUUUUAACAAGGUAAAUGUAGGGGCAUGGCAGGGCGGCGCCAUGGGUAAGCAGUUGUGCAUUUACCGUUUGUUGCAGAAGUUUGCAAUUUCGGGCCCGAUGGCCGCCCUGGUUCAUACAGCGGGUUUUUAUUAACUGUAAAAAUACACGCCGUCUGACACGUACUCGGUGGACUUUAAAAGAUCCCAUAAUGUUAUUCAAUAAUCAGCAGGCCAUAUGUGCUGGCAACGUGGUCAAAUUUUUUUAAAUUACCCGCAAGUUACGCAAUGUGAAAAUGCAUGGCAACAGCGUGUGCUACCGCAAAAAUGUAUUGAGAACCCUUUGAGAAAUUAUCUUGAGAUUCCAAUGCUUUCCUGGGUGAUAAAAUGUUAUGUUCAACCACCUUUGUGUAUGCCAAACACAGCCUAUUAUAAGUUCUUCAUCCUUAAGGCUCCAUGCUUAAUUUUUUUUUAUCAACGAUCAUCUUUAACCUCCACUUGAAAUUGUGCUGCUGCCGUUUACAUAAAUCGUGGCCUUCGGAAAACCCUGUUUGGCUUCACAUGUUUUAAAAUGUAUUUCAUCU